AUGAAAGCCGCCCUCCGUGCAUCUCUAGUGGACAGUAGUUGGGUGGACAGACUGCCGUGGGUUUUGUUGGGUCUGCGUUCCGCCCCUAAGGAGGACCUGCGCUCCUCCUCGGCUCAGUUGGUUCUGGGACAGUCUUUGAGGGUGCCGGGGGAGUUCCUGCAUAGUGGUUUGGGUCCUGGUGUGGUCAGGAAUUUUGGAGUCCAGGGAGAGGCUAGGUUUUUCUCUCCUGUUGCUGCGCACCACUGUCUUCCUCGGUCCUUCAUCCCCAAGGACCUUAUGUCGGCCAAGUACGUUUUUAUUCGACACGAUGCGCACCGCUCUCCUCUGCAGGCCCCUUAUGACGGUCCCUUUCGCGUGUUGGAGGUGGGGCACAAGUCCUUUCUUAUUGAGAUGGGGACUGGACAGGACAGGGUUUCAGUGGACCGUUUGAAGCCCGCUCAUGUGCUUCAGGAGGACGGGGUAGAGCUGGCUCGUCCUGCUCGCCGCGGCCGCCCGCCCAAUCCGGCCCCAGACAUUGACCCUUUGCCUCUGGCGAGCCCACCGCAGGUGGUGGUUAAAUGUAGUCGGAGGGGUAGAGUGGUCAGGGUACCUACGCGGUUUCAGUAG